AUGCCUUCACAAACUCUUAUGGUUGAUUUCCCAGCGGUUGUCAAAUUCAAAGUGUUGGAGAACCUUGAUGCCUUCUCAAUCUUGAAACUCCGCAAAGUCUGUUUCAGUCUUCGCGAAUUCAUAGAUGAGAACCCACCGAAACCAAUGUGCUCAAAGCUGAGAGUUUCUAUAUCCAGCGAAUCGAUUUCAAUUCAAUUUGGAUCCCCGAAAUGGCUAACUAUAUCAUUUAAACAGUUCGAAAAUGUAUGCGUGAUGUCAUGGAGGAACGAUGACUUAGUAUUCAAGUCAGUGGGAUUCCAAGAUGAAAGUUAUAUGGAUGUGUUCUCAAGAGAACUCGGACUAAUUAUGAAACAUCAUUCGACAGGAGUAUUGAAGUCUUUUUCAAUUGAGCAACUCCAAGGGAAAGAUGAUAAAUAA